AACGUGACCAUCAUCUCACUAACCAAAAUAUACACGGCGACCACGUUGUUGUACUACGUUAUAUACUGCACCCGUGGAAGGACAGAUUUCUAAGCUAAAUAUUAACGAUAGUAAAUAUAUUCGAAAACAACGGAGAGAACGCAGAUAAAGCUUACCAACGACAAACCUAUUACGUAAAUAAAUUAAUGAGCAAACGGAGAGAGGACUGUUGAAAGACAGACAAAUAAGUAAACGGACGCGAAAACUAACGGAUUAAAAACAAUUAAUAUAAACAAAGUUUCGCACUCACCGGGAGGUCUUACCGACUGAAGUGUAAUUACGAUUAUUAUUAUUACGUUGAACGUUUCCAUUAUCAUACGUGAAACAAAAAUAAACAAACAAACGAAACAAAACUAAUCCUGAUAAAGAAACAGUAAAAAGAACAAAAUACUUAAGGAAGAAGUUUAUAAUUUAUUUUUGUACAGUGAAUAACUUUUACAUAUACAUCGUUCAUUCGUCAUACAUACGUAUACCACGUGCAUGCAUAUUGUAUAAAUAUUUCGACGACGAGGAUAAAACUGCGAGAAGUAUUAUAAAGAUAAAAACGCAACGGUAUUAAAUAAACAAUCGGAAUAAAGAAACGUAAAAUAUUCUGUUGUGUCCCGUGCGUAUAUGUAUCUUUCGUGCUAAUCGCGAUCUGAUAUAAUCAGCUAAUGAUACAUACGUAUUAUAUUUAUAUAUAAAUAAAUCGAUAUACAUAUAUAUACAUUUGUAUAUAUAUAUAUACUUACAUGUGUGAGUGAAUGCAUCGUACGAAUACCCACGGUUGAUAAAAAGAAAUCAAUAAAAACAAAAAAAAAAAAAAAAAAUAAACAACAUCAACCACUCGAAGGAAAGAACUUUGUAUCCAUCAUCUUGUGCUGUUCGAAUAUUAAACCAACGUCGAUAGUGAGCGAGCAACGGUCGGACGCGCUUUUUUCAGUUCUGAAAUACGUAUCUCUACACUCGCGUCGUUUACUGAGGACAGAGACACAAGGAGCCGAUAUACCUCGGGUGUGAUUCGAGAAAGAGGAGGAGCGAGAUAAAUACGCGAGGGAAUAAAGACGAGUAAGUAAUCGAAAAUGCCGACGAGUUUGUUCAGCGAAAUGGAUCGCGGCACGACCACCGGCUCCCUCGAAGAGCAGAGAGCCCUUCAACUCGCCUUCGAGCUCUCCAUGCUCGGACUCGAAGGGAGUCCGGGCAACAACGGAUCCAACGGCGACGACAACCUCGCGACACCGGCCAGCGUCUUCGAGGAGGCUCGAUCCAAGAAAAGCCAAAACAUGACCGAGUGCGUUCCGGUUCCGAGCAGCGAGCAUGUCGCCGAAAUCGUUGGACGACAAGGCUGCAAGAUCAAGGCGCUCCGCGCGAAGACGAACACGUACAUAAAGACGCCGGUCCGGGGAGAGGAGCCCGUGUUCGUGGUUACGGGGCGCAAGGAGGACGUGGCGAGGGCGAAGCGGGAGAUCCUCUCGGCGGCGGAGCACUUCUCGCAGAUCCGGGCGUCGCGGAAGAGUUCGCUUGGAGCUCUGCUCGGCGCCCCUCCAGGACCGCCGGCCUCAGUCCCGGGGCACGUGACAAUCCAGGUUCGAGUACCUUACAGGGUCGUGGGUCUAGUAGUCGGGCCGAAGGGGGCGACGAUCAAGAGGAUCCAGCACCAGACGCACACCUACAUCGUGACGCCGAGCCGGGACAAGGAGCCGGUGUUCGAGGUGACGGGACUCCCGGAAAGCGUCGAGGCCGCGAGGCGCGAGAUCGAGGCCCACAUCGCCCUCCGGACCGGAUCGGGCCCAGGACUCGAGGAGGCGGACCUCCUCGGCGCCCUCUGCCUCGGCGGGCUCGGCUCGAUCCUCGGCUGCCUCGAUCCGCCCGGUUCCAACGGCUCGAACGGCUCGAGCGGCGCCUUCUCGAGCAGCGGGAGCUGCAGCAGUUCCUCGAGCAGCUCCGGGGCCCCAGGGCUUAACGACCUCGUAGCGAUUUGGGGCGCGGGCCUCGAGCGGGACGAGGGCCUCGGCGAGUCCCCGUCGUUCGAGUCCCAGGCAGCUGCCUCCUCGAUCUGGUCCUUCCCCGGGGUCGCCCUGCCUUCGAGACCCUCGCCACCGGCCUCGGCGAGCCCGGCCUCGCCGACGGACUCCCUCCUCGGCGGGGGCAUCGGCAGGCGCGAGUGCGUCGUCUGCGGCGACAAGGAGGUCACCGCGGCCCUCGUUCCCUGCGGCCACAAUCUAUUCUGCCUUGACUGUGGCAACCGCGUUUGCGAGAGCCCCAAUCCGUGCUGUCCGGUCUGCUCGCGACCGGUGCUUCAGGCUCUCCGCAUACUCUCAUAAAUGACGCGAGGACGCGAACCCCCCACCCCCCUCCAAUCAUCCCUCGCCAUGUAUGUAUAACCUUUGUCGAGCGAUUUUCCUCUACGAUUGUUUAUUCUUUUUUUU